GCAUUGGCAACCUGGUGUAUUUGGCGCAGUGUAUACAGUCAGCUGAUUAAUGCAAUUGAAACGUGCAAUUCCCAAAUACGAUGUUUUAGUAGCAAAUAAGCUUUUGAAAAAACCAUCAAAAAUAAUUUAUAAUUAAUGACAUUCUGAAAAUAUAUUUUAAGAAGCUGCACAAAGUCAUGUAAAAUUAGAAAUUUAACUGAUAAGAAUUGACAUCAGUAAGGAUUGUGUUUGAUUUUGAAUUUGAACUAUUAAUUUGCGUUAAUAAUGUGGCACUUACGACGUUUUUUCACCCAAUUCGCUGAGGAAAUCAGCGCACCCACCGAUUUAAUUAGCUGCUUACAGCAAACGCCUCAUAAGAUAAAUAGCACUUUCGGCGGUUGUCGUAAUCUGGAUAGUUUAACAUGGUUGCACAAUGCGGCACCAUGUUUUCCACUUCGCGGUGAGCAAAUUCAAAUAAUUCACGAGCCGCAUCACUUUUAUGAAACGCUGGUGCAACGUAGCGCUGUGGCUAGAGAGCGUAUUGUUUUAGCCAGUCUGUAUCUGGGUACUGGACAAUUGGAAAAUGCUUUUGUACAAACAUUACGUAGUAGCUUACAACAACAAUCCUCACUGCGUGUCAAUGUAUUAUUGGAUUUUACGCGCGGUACACGCGGUGACGUCAAUUCAAAAACAAUGCUGUUGCCGCUUUUACGUGAUUUUGGUGACCAAAUGAGAUUAUCACUUUAUCAUACACCUGAUCUGCGUGGUAUGACGAAAAGACUAGCACCACCACGUUGGAAUGAGUUACUCGGCCUGCAACACAUGAAAGUUUAUCUCUUCGAUGAUGCCGUUUUGAUAUCGGGCGCGAAUUUGUCAAAUGAUUAUUUCACAAAUCGCCAAGAUCGCUAUAUACUCAUUGAAGACAAGCCACUUGCCGAUUUUUAUGCACAGUUUAUUGCGCGGGUGCAGGAAUUCAGUUUGGCUGUUAAUAAAAAUGCACAAGAAGAACUGCAUAAAGAUGGCAAGGUUUUACCAUAUGAAGGUGUAAAGGAAGAAUUUAUUAUGCAUGCCAAACAGCGUAUAUCUGAUUUCAUGAAGGAUACCUACAUGCAGCAACAGAAAGUACUGGAAGAGCAGAAAGGUGCUGAUACGUGGAUAUUCCCGCUGGUUGAGAUGGGUCAAAUUGGCAUUCACCACGACAGCCUUGUGACAAAGCAACUGCUCUCAUCACCAAUUGAAGGUUCCCGCCUAAAACUUGCCACCGGAUAUUUUAAUUUAACUCAGGAAUACAUGGAUACCUUGGCUAGUAAUUGUCUGGCGCAGUGCAGUAUACUAAUGGCUCAUCCGAAUGCAAACGGGUUUCAAGGUGCUAGUGGUCCAGCUGGAGGUAUACCGGCUGCCUAUACUCUAAUUGCAAAGAAGUUUUAUGAAAAUCUAGUGCAAUUGAAACAAAAUCACCGUGUGAACUUCUUUGAGUAUGAAAAAGAAGGCUGGACCUAUCAUGCCAAAGGAUUAUGGUAUUAUUUGCCAGGAACUUCAUUUCCUAAUGCUACACUUAUUGGCUCCUCAAACUUUGGCGAGCGUUCUGUGAAUCGCGAUCUUGAAACGCAAGUGUGCCUCGUUACUACAAAUGAUGGACUGACAGCACGUUUGCAAGGCGAAGCUGACCGACUCUUUAGUUCUUCAAGUACUGCUGAGAAUGAAAUUACCUCAAGACCUGUACCACAUUGGGUACAAGCUGUAGUUAAAGUAUUUAGAAACUUCUUUUAAAAGGUGGCUAACGUAAAACGGAAACAAACGUUAAGUUGUGGAAGUGGGGGUUAAAUGUCUAUCCGCAAAUUCUCAAAAAAUAAUAUUUGUAUGCUGAAGUUUAUUUUUUGAUAGGUUUGAGAACUACUUAGUAUGUAUGUCUCCAAUAUUAUCUAUUUUUGUACUACAUGUUUAGACUUUGUUGGAGUCAGUUGUAAAACUCUAAAAUGUUGAUUUUAGUGAAUUUUUUCAAAAUAUUUCAAUAUUCAAUAUUUUUUAUAAAUUUAGUUUUCUUGUAUACGGUUUCAAAUCUCUGUUUAUUUGUGUGGAGUCUGUAUGGCAAAAAGCUCAAAUUUAAUGCUUUUGUGAACAAAUAAAUUAAUAAAAUUGUAUUUGCUAUAUAACUAA